AUGGCCGCCUCCAUCGCUGAAGCCGCCCGCAAGCACCCUGCGCCUGAGGGCAUUGUAUACACCUAUGGAACUGCAGGAUUCCGCACCAAAGCUGAUGUGCUCGACUCCGUCCUCGCACGCGUCGGUCUUAUUGCAUCCCUCCGUUCCCGCGCCCUUAAAGGGAAAUGGAUUGGUGUCAUGAUCACUGCGUCCCACAACCCUCCUGAGGACAAUGGUGUCAAACUUGUUGAGCCAAUGGGCAACAUGCUCCAGGAGGAGUGGGAGGUUCUGAGCACAACAAUGGCAAACAAAGCCACCCCUGAGGACGUUGCCGAGUACUACAACGAGCUUGCGGCCAAGUUCAAGAUCGACCUCAGCACUCCUGCACGAGUAGUAGUAGCCAGGGACACAAGGGCUUCGGGAUCCCGCCUUUUGGGCUGCCUCGUCGACGGACUGAAGGCCGCUGGUGCCGAGUACAAGGACUUCGGUUUCUUCACCACUCCCCAGCUCCACUACGUCGUCCGAAGUCUCAACACAGAAGGCACAAAGGAUGCAUACGGCGUUCCGACGGAGAAGGGCUACUACGAGAAGUUCGGCGCCGCAUUCAAGAAUGCUCUCAAGGGCAAGAAGCCACAAGGCAGCUUGACUGUGGAUGGUGCCAAUGGUGUUGGUGGCCCGAAGCUAACCGAACUCAUCAAGUACCUCCCUACUAAAGAGGAGGGUGGACUUGAGAUCCAUGUUGUCAAUGACAAUGUGAUCAAGCCUGAGAGCUUGAACGUUGAUUGCGGUGCAGACUACGUCAAGACAAACCAGAGAGCCCCCCCUACCUCCAAGGUUGGACCCAACGACAGAUGCUGCUCUCUCGACGGUGACGCCGACCGUGUCGUCUUUUACUUCAAGGAUUCUAGCAAUGUCUUCCACCUGCUUGAUGGAGAUCGCAUCGCCACCCUCGUGGCAUCUUUCCUCGGCGACCUCAUCCGCCAAUCUGGCCUCGCUGACGCCAUCACGAUUGGUGUCGUUCAAACUGCGUACGCCAACGGAGCUGCUACAAACUACGUAGAGCAGACUCUCAAACUCAAGGUUGAUUGCACGCCAACCGGUGUGAAGUAUCUCCACCACGCAGCCGAGAAGCUCGACAUCGGUGUCUACUUCGAGGCCAAUGGUCACGGAACCGUGAUCUUCUCUCCCGACACCUUAGACACGAUCAACAAGCACGAGCCAAGAUCCCCAGCACAGAAGGAGGCCCUUGACGUCCUCCGCGCCACUGUUGAGCUUAUCAACCAAGCAGUUGGUGAUGCUCUUUCCGACCUCCUGUUAGUCGAGGUUGUCCUCGCACACAAGAGCUGGGGAGUCGAAGAGUGGUUGGGAACGUACACUGAUUUGCCCAACAAGCUCACCAAGGUCAUUGUGUCAGACCGCAACAUAUUCAAGACGACCGACGCAGAGCGCAAGCUCGUCAAGCCGGAUGGUGUACAGAAACAGAUCGAUGCGGAGGUACAGAAGGUCCGCCAGGGCCGUUCAUUCGCCAGAGCCAGUGGUACUGAAGACGCUGUCCGUGUCUACGCGGAGGCGGCCACCAAGGCUGAGGCUGAGGACCUUGCCCGCAAGGUUGCUUCCAUCGUGGAGGCUGCGGGAGCCAAAAAAUGA